AUGUCGCAGAACGGAAAUACGGGCAAGGAUGGGCGCAAGAGGGUCCUCGUCGUUGGCGCCGGUGCAGCCGGUAUGUCGACGGCUUACCACUUAUCCAACCACCCCGACAAGUUUGAUGUUACCAUCAUCGACUCGGUCGACUAUUGCGGAGGUCAGGCAUUCUCGAUCCCUCUCGACAAGGAGCGCCAUGGAGCCAGCUGGUUCAACCAGGGCGUACAGGGCGGCAGCUACAUCUUCCAUCACACGCUGACCAUGUUCGCCCGCCAGGGGUACCACGCGGACCCCGUCAAGCUGCAGGUCUCGUUCGGCAAAGACGACAAGUUCUGGACCAACGUCUUCCCGACCGACUUCAUCGCGAAGCACCAGGCCGAGGUCCGCAGGCUGGCGUUCAUGCUCAAGUUUAUGAGAUGGUUCGAGGUCUUCUUUGCGCUGCUGCCGCUGAAGAUUGUCUUCAAACUCUUCCUGUUCUCCGAGGAGUUUACAAACGUCGUCGGCCUCCCCAUGACUGCUCUGUUCCUGGGUACGGGCAAUGCAACGCCAGAGGUCCCGGCGAUCAUGCUGGAGCGCCUUUGCACGUCGCCAACUUACGGAAUGUGGUACCCCGCCGAUAAAAACAGCGUGGUGUCGAAUCUCCCGCCAAUGGUGGUCUUCCCGAAUUUCACCGACUUCUACACAGCCUGGAAGAAGGACCUCGAGUCUCGCGGCGUGACGGUUCGCUUGUCCACUGAGCUCACCGAAGUCGUCCACCGAAACAAGCGCGGUGUGUUUGUCAAGACCAAGCCCCGCACUCCCGUGGAAGAUGGCCACAACCCCGUUGACGGCGACCCUGACGCCCCUCAGUCCGAGGAACACUACGAUGAAAUUGUCCUCUGCGUCCUUGCCGACACAGCCAAGAAGAUCCUCGGCAAGACAUCGUCGUGGCGCGAGCGCAAGGUCCUCGGAUCGGCCAAAUUCUCUGACGACAUCACCAUCACUCACAACGACUCCAACUACAUGAAGAAAUAUUACGAGAACUUUUACGACGAGAAGAAGGCCGUCAAGGCUUUGGGAAAGAACGGUGACUUGGAUCAGUCUUCUCGUCUCGCAUACGCCAAGGACAAUUUCAGACCCAUGUACUACAUCCGCAUGUACGACGACGACCGUUCCAAGCUCGAGAUGUGCUUCGACACCACCAACUACCAGGGCCAGUUCCCGCAGAAGGUGCCGUUCGAGCAGCACGUGUUCCAGACGAUCUAUCUCAACAAGGGCCGUGACCGCAGGCACUGGACCGACGAUGAGAUUGACAAGGACAAGAUCAUCCGCGCCGACUGGUGGCAUCAGCUCUGCCACUCGUGGACGCACUACGUGUUUGUCGUGCCCUGGAUGAUGUUCCUCCAAGCCAAGAAGCGCACCCGUUUCGCCGCAUCAUGGACAUUGGUCAACGCGCACGAGAUCGCCAUCAUGUCCGGCAUUGCCGCCGCCGUCGACAUGGGCGCCGACUACCCCGAGGACCUGGAGCACGACAAGUUCGCACUGCUCUGCUUCAGGUUGUACUACCUACUCGCCUAUGGAAAAUGGUACCGACGGAAGUUCAAGGACAGCAAGAGCCAGAAGGCGAAGGACGGCGCUAGCUGGGCUUCAGGUGUCUAUGGCAGCAUUUACAAGGGGCCAGGCGUCGCGACGGAGGAGAGGUCGACUUGGAGGGAGGAUGUAAAAGCUGGCAGGAGCACGGAGAACCUGGCCGAUGGUAACAACGGGCGGAGCCAGCCGUAA